ACACGUGGAUUCUAUUUCAUAUUACACCUAUGAUCUUGCAGAGAUGAACAGACAAAUGUGUAGUAUGCAAAAAAUCAAAGAAGAGAUCGCCUUCGAAGGAACAGACCACCCUGAAGCCAACAACUGGUUCACGAAGCUUGUUGUAAGUGCUUACGAAAUGGCGGAUGAAAUCAUGCUUGAUUCUGCCGAAGAUAAUGCCCUACGUACAGCCUAUAUUUCCAUUGGUGAAACUGGAACCCCCAUUCCACAGGCCGAACUAAUGGGCGAGAAGACAAUUUAUGGAACACUGCAAGGCGUAGGUAUUUCAAAACAUUCCCAAGGAAGUUCUUACGUCGACCGGCCUCUCGCCAAGUCGGAGAGUGAUACAAAUUUACUUUAUGGCGUAGAUGAUGCUACAUCGUGCAGCAAUGAUAGCGUAAGGUCGAAGAAACAAGAAGAAGCACUGGUGAGUUCCACGAAUUUAGCUGGUGUAUUACACUUUCGUCUCCCACGCAUAAUAAGAAUUCUUACCAUUUUCACAUCUUUUUCAAAAAACUAACAGGGCAAAGCCAGGUCUAGGCGACAGCGCAAGCUAGUAACGCCAGGAGAGAAAAAGGGGAUUCUGCGCAGGUGGGCAGGUCGACUUGGUCUCGACUUCGUUGUAUCUGGAAUCAAAUUCGCAAAUCGUCAGAUCGGUAAGUUGUCUUGAACCCUGAUCAACUAAUCUCAAAACUCCGUAUACGUACUCAUCGAUUCUUUUCGCUUCUAGAUAAUGCUGUGGAUGGAGUUCUUAUACGAUCGAACGUGUCGUCAACCGGGUUUGUUACAUUUCUUGAUCUCACUUCAGUCACCACAGCAGCUAGUACACCAUUAACAUCAAAGCCAGAGAUUUUGGAUGUUUGUGUAGCUCCAGAGCCAAAAGAUAUUAUCUGGAAAAAUGCACACAUUUCAUUGAAAUCUCAAUCCCGUAGAGAGAAUAACACCAAUUUACUUCUGGUAAUAAUUGGGCUGUUAUGGAUUUUGUAAGCUUUAAAAAUGCUGAAUGCGUUUACCGGCAGAACACAGAAAUUGUUUGAAAUAUUUUGCGUGAAAAAGUCUCAUACAAACUGCGUGUUCUGUUCACUUCAAACAGUCCGUUGGCGACGAUCCAAGCACUUGCA